GGUGAUGCCAAAGAUCAAGCCGGGGACGAGCGGCCGCCGCCGCGAUCGACUUAAACAGAGCCGGGAGCUGAAGAGCGCCGGAGGACUCAUGUUCAACACGGGGAUUGGGCAACAUAUUUUGAAAAAUCCUCUCAUUGUUAACAGUAUUAUCGAUAAGGCUGCCUUAAGACCAACUGAUGUGGUGCUGGAAGUUGGACCUGGAACUGGCAAUAUGACUGUAAAGUUGCUAGAAAAGGCAAAAAAGGUAAUUGCCUGUGAACUUGACCCAAGACUAGUAGCUGAACUUCACAAAAGAGUUCAGGGCACGCCUCUGGCCAGCAAACUUCAAGUACUGGUGGGUGAUGUGUUGAAAACAGAUUUGCCAUUCUUUGAUGCCUGUGUGGCAAAUUUGCCAUAUCAGAUCUCUUCCCCCUUUGUCUUCAAGCUGUUGCUGCACCGACCUUUUUUCAGAUGUGCUGUACUUAUGUUUCAAAGAGAAUUUGCUCUCCGACUAGUUGCAAAGCCUGGAGAUAAAUUAUACUGCAGACUAUCUAUCAAUACACAGCUGUUAGCACGUGUGGACCAUCUGAUGAAAGUUGGAAAGAACAAUUUCAGGCCACCACCAAAGGUGGAAUCCAGUGUCGUAAGAAUAGAACCCAAGAAUCCACCACCACCUAUCAAUUUUCAGGAAUGGGAUGGCCUAGUAAGGAUCACCUUUGUUAGGAAGAACAAGACACUGUCUGCGGCAUUUAAGUCAAGUGCAGUGCAACAGCUUUUGGAAAAAAACUACAGAAUUCACUGUUCGGUCCAUAAUAUUAUAAUACCAGAAGAUUUCAGCAUAGCAGAUAAAAUACAGCAAAUCCUAACCAGCACAGGUUUUAGUGACAAGCGGGCCCGUUCCAUGGACAUAGAUGACUUUAUCAGAUUGCUACAUGGAUUCAACGCAGAAGGUAUACAUUUUUCUUAGGUAUCUGGAAAAGAGAAUUUUCAAGCCCAAGAAAAAGAAACCGCAAUUAUACAUAUCUAACAGAGAAGAUAAACUAUGCUUUUGCUCCACUGGAACACUAUGUGCUUGACUAGUUUUGAUUUAAUACUACCACUGUCACCAUUUAUUACUCUGAAGUUUUAUGGUAGUAAGUCAAUUCUAAGUACCCAAGUUUUUUUUUGGUUUUUUUUUUUUUUUUUUUUUGGUUUUGGUGUUUUUAAUAUUUAACAUAGGGCAGGGUCCAGUCUCUACACGGUAAUCUUUAAGAGCCGCAGGCACGCACAACUUUACACUUAAACUUAUUUCUAACAGUUUAUUGUAUAAAGAU